AAUUUGCAACCGUGGGUGGGAAAGUGUAAAAGCCUCUCUCUCUGAUUCACGCGCUCGCGGCGCAAAGCAAUCCCACACUCUGGAGAUACUAGAUACUCCUUUUACUCUCAAGUUGCAGAACAAAACAGCCACAAUUACAUCCACCCUUCUUCUUCUCCUCCUUCAACCGACCCGGCUGCCUUUCCCCCCAUGCUGUUUAGCUCGUCGCCCAAUUGGGGGGUGAGAAAUUUUUGUCUUUUGAACUAGAAAUCUGCGUUGUUCGUCUCUAAAUGGCCGAUGUUUUUACAUUUUCGUCGCAUUCCGUCCGUUUCUCCUCUGCUUCUUUACCCACCUCCUUUGCCUCCUCCUACAGUUCUACUCAGCCUUGUCUUCCACCCAUCCCAAACUCGGAUAAGAGGUUGAUUCCUCUGCCAUGUUAUUCCACUGGCUCUGUAAUGCCUCUUUCUUUCAGACCCAGAAACAAGUUCGUGUCUUUCAAGGUACAGGCUGCUGUGGCCGAAAAAGACCAGCCAAAAUGGUGGGAAAAGAAUGCACCAAACAUGAUUGAUAUACAUUCAACACAGGAAUUUUUGACUGCAUUAAGUGAAGCUGGUGAUAGAUUAGUUAUUGUAGAAUUUUAUGGAACCUGGUGUGCUUCUUGCAGGGCAUUAUUUCCCCGGCUAUGCAGAACAGCUGAUGAACACCCUGAGAUUGUAUUCCUAAAAGUCAAUUUUGAUGAAAACAAGCCAAUGUGCAAAAGUUUGAAUGUCAAGGUCCUUCCUUAUUUCCACUUUUAUCGUGGCGCUGACGGUCAAUUGGAGUCCUUCUCAUGCUCACUCGCGAAGUUUCAGAAAAUUAAAGAUGCAAUUGUAAUGCACAACACAGCUCGUUGCAGCAUCGGCCCGCCAAGGGGAGUAGGAGAUCUUAUACUGGAGCCGGCCUCCUUGGCUCCCAAAGACAAACAACAAACAGAAGCUUCCUCAUCAUAGACUUGCUGCCAAAUCCGUGUCGGUAUCAUUGUGCAUUCCCCUGAUAUUAAUAUAAACUUCUUGUUUAGAAAAGAAAACAUUCUGGAGUCAGCUAUCCAAUCUGUAAAUUUGCAUUCUUGUUCUGUAAAAGAAUUCAGAUUAUGAGAAUACCAAUCAUAAAAUAUUUUGCUGCCUUUAUCUGCCUUCCUGGGCUGGCUUUGAUGUUUGUACCUUAGAACUGGUGAGACUGGAUAAAGUUUUAAAUACAAGCCAUUGAUUCUUUUGGUUU